AUAAAUUAUUAAUCUACGCAUUAUGUCUAACAAGAUCUUGACUACUUCCAACGGCUGCCCUGUUGAUAAUGACCAGACUUCCAUUACUGCUGGUGUCAACGGACCCAUUCUCAUUUCUGAUUUUCAUUUGAUUGACAAGAUCUCUCAUUUCGAUAGAGAACGUAUCCCUGAACGUGUUGUUCAUGCUAAGGGUGCUGGUGCUCAUGGUGAAUUUGUUGUCACACAUGAUGUAUCUCAUCUCACAAAGGCCAAGUUUCUUAAUGGCAUUGGUAAAAAGACCCCUAUGUUUGCUCGCUUCUCUACUGUAGGUGGUGAAAAGGGUAGCGCUGAUACUGCCCGUGAUCCCCGUGGUUUCUCCCUCAAGUUCUAUACCGAGGAAGGCAAUUUCGAUGUGGUUGGUAACAAUACUCCUGUUUUCUUUAUCCGUGAUCCCUCCAAGUUCCCCGAUUUCAUUCACACACAAAAGCGUGAUCCUCAAACCAACUUGAAGAACCCUGAAGCCAAAUGGGAUUUCUAUACUUCUGUUCCCGAAUCGCUGCAUCAAGUCACUAUCCUUAUGUCAAAUUACGGUACUCCUGACGGUUUCCGUUUCAUGCAUGGCUACGGAUCCCACACUUUCAAGUUGGUUGAUAACGAAGGCAAGUUCAAGUACUUCAAGUGGCACUUUAAGGCCAAGAAUGGCAGCAAGAACUUAAAGGCCAAACAAGCCAAAGAACUAGAAGGCUCCGAUCCUGAUUAUGCUACCAGAGAUCUAUUUGAAGCAAUUGAGCGCGGUGAGUAUCCUUCCUGGGAUGUGUUCUUCCAAGUGAUGGAGCCUGAAGACGCCAAGAAGUACAAAUGGAACAUUUUCGAUGUCACUAAGGUCUGGCCACACAAGGACUACCCUCUUAUUCCUGUUGGUACAUUUACUUUAAACAGAAACCCUGAAAAUUACUUUGCAGAAACUGAACAAUCUGCAUUCUCACCUUCUCAUAUGGUUCCCGGUAUCGAUGUCUCUGCUGACCGUAUGUUGCAAGGCCGUCUCUUUUCUUAUCCUGAUGCUCAUCGUUACCGUCUCGGUGUGAACUAUCAUCAAAUCCCCAUUAACCGUCCUCGCGUGCCCGUCAAUAACUAUCAGCGUGAUGGCUUCAUGGCUGUGGAAGAUAAUGGCGGAUCUGCUCCCAACUAUGGUCCUAAUUCCAUGGGUGGUCCUGUUCAAAACAACAUUAUCGGUUCUACUUUUGCCCCUGAAGAAAUCGAAGGCAUGACAGGUCGCUUCAGUUAUCAAGUCACUGACGAUGAUUUUGUCCAACCUGGUAAUCUUUAUCGUCUUAUGAGCGACGAAGACAAGAAUGAUUUGGCCGAUAGUAUUGCUGAAGAAUUGGCUGUUUGUAAGCAAGAAAUUGUAGAUAAGGCCAUGAACAUGUUUGAGCGCGCUGAUCCCGAUUAUCGCAGUCGAGUUGAAAAGGCUCUUGCUAAAUCAAAGAACUAAAUUUGUAAAUAAACAUCAUAUUUUCAUCAUUUUUCUGUACAAAU